GUUACUCACGCACUCAACAGACAGAAGUGGCGGGUCUGACACAAUUCUUUUAACGGAAAUAAGGAACGGCGGCUUGGUUCACGGGAGGGGCGGGAAGGUUUGCCCUUAAUAACGCCCAUUAUUCGAAACUCGCGGCGUGGGAUGCUAAUUCCGUGGACAUGACACCGACGGAGUGUCACGACAUGCGCACCUUUUCCGCAUUCCCAGCGAACAAGUCGUGACGGCGACCAGCGUGAACACAAGCGACUGUCAGCGGGAACCAAGUCGAGGAGAGCGCUCCUCUUCCCGGGUACAUCUGGCGUAGAGGACCAUGAACCACUUGAGGUUUAACAUGAACUAAGUGGAUUUAAGAAACAACCUGAAGAAAAUUGCUAUGGCUGUGUUCAAACCUGAGAAUGUAGAGGACUUCUACGAAAUCGGAGAAGUACUGGGAAGUGGACAUUUCGGUCAAGUCCGAAAAGUUUGCGAGUUGGCCACCGGCACGCAUUGGGCGGCGAAGUUCAUAAAGCUUCGCAAGACCUCGUGCAGCCGACUGGGCCUAGAAAGGAGCCGCGUGGAGCAGGAGGUGGAGGUGAUCCAGGUUCUGCAGCACCCCAACAUUGUCGCUCUCAAAGACGUCUUCGAGUGUCGGUCAGAGGUGGUGCUCAUUUUGGAGAUUGUUGGCGGCGGCGAACUGUUCGACUUCAUCGCAGAGAAGGAGAACCUGACGGAGGACGAUGCCAUCCAGUUCAUGAAGCAGAUCCUGGACGGACUGGGCUUCAUGCACAGCAAGAACAUCGCCCACUUCGACCUCAAGCCAGAAAACAUCAUGCUGUCGGACAAAGCGUGUCCAAAUCCUAUCAUCAAACUCAUUGACUUUGGCCUUGCGCACCGUUUUAACUCAGGGGAGGAGUACAAGAGCUCAAGUGGAACCCCUCAGUACAUCGCUCCCGAGAUGAUUAAUGGAGAAGCCCUGAGCACAGCGGCUGAUAUGUGGAGCAUAGGAGUUAUUACUUACAUACUCUUGAGCGGCAUGUCGCCGUUCCAGGGAGACUCCGAUGAAGAGACUCUGAAGAACGUCCUAGCUAUAAACUACCAGCUUGAUAUGCGGUACUUUAGCACCACCAGCUCCACGGCUAAAGACUUCAUCCAGAAACUUCUGGUAAAUAAUCCCAGUGACAGAUUGACAGCUGCAGAGUGUCUUCUUCAUCCAUGGAUCAAGCCCAUUACACGCAAACAAAUGGCCCACAGGAAUCGAUCCUCAAUCAAUAUGAAGAAUUUUAAGAAGUUCAACGCCAAAAGGAAAUGGAAGAUGUCUUACAACAUGGUGCGGAUGUGUAACCGCCUGGUCAGCUUAAGACUUCUGUGCAAAGGCAGCUCAGAUCCACCUGAGAGACAGUGCGAGAGCGACGUGGAGGACCUCGAAAGCAAGCCCGCCUCUCUGCUGCGGCGAAGGCUCAGUAGCAAUUAGUAGUCUGUCCAGCGUCUUCAGCAUUGUUGGGAUGAACUGCUUUUAUUUUAGAAUUUAUUCUCACUGUUAUACAAUGAAAGUGGAAAUAUAUGUGCAUUUAUGGACCUUUUUUUUUAAACAAAAAUAGCAUGUAAUUCAAUGUUUGAUGUGUUUCCUGCAUGCAAGGCCAGCCUUAAAUGCACUUAUUGUGUCCAAUGAUGGCACAAACUUGUGAAAAAAAAAACAUGUUUUGCUGCAAUUUAAACACAUUUUAGUGCACUGUGUACGCCAAAUUACAGUUUUGAGUCUUCAGACAAGCAGUCCUACCUCGAUGGGAUUUUAGUAGCAUGAUGGCUGCCACUCCCAGUGUAAGGAAAUGUAAUUUACUACUUCUUAUUUUAAAAACAUCCUGUUUGGCUUUCAAGGAUAAUCUGACAUUAUCAUGUCAUCAUUGUUGAAGUCUGCCGUCUAGACAUAAUCACUAAGAGCAUUUAUUACUUGUGGUCUCAUGUGUUUUAUUAAUGUUUUCAUAUGCUCCUAUAAAUUGUGUCCAUGGUCCUUUUAAAAUAAGCUGCUGUUUGUUGCCUGAUUCUCUUUCUGUGCGAUGCAAUUUAAAGAGCAUUGUCAGUUUAUUUGUGUUAGUCUGAAAUAUAUAUAUUUUUUAAAAAUCA